CUGAUCUCCUCUCCUGGGCUUUUACAAUAACAUGAAGAGAUGUGGACUCAUCCUGUGGACCUGUCUGCUGGCCGUCACAGUGAACUCAGUGUGGUCGGAGGAUCCCUUGUCUCUGGGCGUGCGUGGGGGUGCGGUGUCGUUCUCCGUGCAGAUGGACUUGAGGGGGAUGGACAUUGAGUUCCUGCUGUGGCGCUUCAACUCCUCCUACAGCGUCCUGCGCUUCAGCAACGAGUCCAAGAACCCGCUGAAGACGUACCCCGACUACGAGGGCCGCGUGGGGCUGGACCCCCAGACCUACACCCUCACCCUCCACGGCCUCCACCUCAACGACAGCGGCGUCUACAGCGCACGCAUCAUCGACCACAAGGGCAACGACAAGGACGUGGCCAAGCACAUACUGCACGUGCAUGAGGCGGUUCCUGAGCUGCUGUUCAGCAUGUCGCUGCUCUACUUUAACUCGUCGGAGGGCUUCUGUAACGUGUCGGUGGUGUGUGAGGCGGGCAGCAGCAUGGUCAGUGCCACCUGUGACCUGGAGAACUGCGUACAGGUGGACACCUCGCUGACCCUGCAGCACCUGCAGAUGGGCGUGUCUUUGGGCCGGGACACACACACACACACACACACCAUCUACUGCAACGCCAGCAACCUGGUCAGCCACCGCAGCCAGUGGGGACACAUGGAGACUGUGUGUAUGGAGGAGGUGGAUCCCAUUCUGGAUCCCAUUUCGGGCCUCCUACUGGUUGUCCUGGACACCGCCGCACCACUCUUCCUCAUCCUCCUCCUCCUCCUCCUCUUCUGCCUCAUCAAGCGCCGCAGACACACCGGAUAUUACGACAGGUUCACCACAAAAGCCCAUCUGAAGAGGAGCUUUGCUUCAAUUGAGCUACUUAACAUCUAUGAGUUUGAGGAGUUCCACUGGAGCCCCUUCCCAGAGGAGGUGCUGAAGGGAAACCCCGCUGAUGCAGACCGGAAGCUUCCUCUCUUACCCCAAACCACGGAACCCUACUCCGUAGAUCAGCUCUAGAACUCCUGUCUUACCCCAAACCACGGACCGCAAACCACGAAGCCCUACUCCGUAGAUCAGCUACACUUACCCCAAAACAUGGAGCCCUACUCCGUAGAUCAACUCUAGACCUCCUCUCUUACCUCAGACCACAGACUCCUACUCCGGAAUUUUCCCCUCGAAACAGAUGUGCGCUUUGUUCACACGUAUGGCAGAACACCCAAUCAAUCGCUAUGAACACUUCUCCACCCAUGAUGCUCCACAAUACUCCAUGAUACUCCGCAAUACUCCAUGAUACUCUGCAAUACUCUAUCAUACUCCGCAGUACUCCAUGAUACUCCACAAUACUCCAUGACAUUCCACAAUACUCCAUGAUAUUCCACAAUGCUCCAUGAUACUCCACAAUACUCCAUGAUACUCCACAAUACCCCAUGAUACUCCACAAUACUCCACAAUACUCUAUGAUGCUCCCACUUUUCCCUUGACCUUCCCAUAAAUGUUUGUCCGCAAUGCCAUGUGAUGCCAUGUGAUGUACCUGAUGCCAUGUGAUGCCAUGUGAUGUACCUAAUGCCAUGUGAUGCCAUGUGAUGCCAUGUGUUAAAGUGCCAUCUGUUUUGUACACAGAAU